CUUCCGCUUCUGUGAUUUUCAUUUUACGACAUCUGUACUGGCUUUCCGGCAACAAUAAGUCGGAAGUCUGGUAUCCAGGGAGACGCUGAGUCUGGCGCGAGACGAGCGACUCCAUGGAGGUCUGUAAGCCGGUGCUGGAGCUGAAGGAUGUUCCUCCUCCGCCGGUGCACAGUGGCGUGCCACAGGCACACGCGUGUCCCGCGCCCCCACACACACCUCCGGGCCUCAGUGUAAGCGUGUGCUCCAUGUGUGAGCUGCUGUUGCCCGCCUGCGCCGCUCUGAGGCCACUGCCCUGCCCCGGCUCUGCUCUCUGUCUGUGCCGCCGGGCACCACACUCUUUCCCUCGGGCCGAGCCGCCCGUCUGCCCCAGUGCUCUGCACACGCCGCUGUGUGUGGCGGCCGCUCACUGUGUGCAGGACUGCUGGAGGCAGGGUGUACGAGUCGACCCAGAGAAGGUCUGGCCCAAUAUUCCUCCACCUGUCCCGGUGUGCAACGGCUGCGGUGCGACUGGAGCACCGACUGACGGGCUGCUGGGGGUCCACCUGGGCAAACCUGUGCAGAAAUAUGGUCCUGCAGAGAGCAGCACGCAGGAGUCGCUGCCCCCCAUUGGCGUGUUCUGGGACAUCGAGAACUGUGCGGUUCCCAGCGGGCGCUCGGCGGCGGCGGUGGUGCAGAGGCUGCGGGAGCGCUUCUUCCAGGGCCACCGCGAGGCCGAGUUCAUCUGCGUCUGCGACAUCAACAAGGAGAACAAGGCCGUCAUCCAGGAGCUCAACAACUGCCAGGUCACCGUGGCCCACAUCAACGCCACUGCCAAAAACGCAGCAGACGACAAACUGCGGCAGAGUCUCCGGCGGUUUGCAGAGACGCACACCGCUCCCGCCACCGUCAUCGUGGUGUCAUCGGAUGUCAACUUCGGCAGUGAGCUGAGCGACCUGCGGCACCGGCACGGCUUCCAGGUGAUUCUGCUGCACAAGAGCCAAGCGUCGCCGGCCCUGCUGCAACACGCCCACCGCUGCGCCGCCUUCGAGGAGCUGGUGUCCGGCCUGCCACCCGGCAUGCAGGUCCGAACACAGCCCAGUGUCAGCCUUCUGUUUGUGCACCGCCUCCCCAUGCACCGCGAUGCCAAAGCGGUGGCCAACCGGCUGCAGCGCCUCUCCAAUAACUGUGGAGGGAAAGUGCUGGGCGUGUCCGGUGGCUGUGCCGUGCUGCGAUUCGCCAGCGCAGAGGCAGCAGAGCGCGCCCGCAAGCGCAUGGAGAACGAGGACGUGCUGGGCCAGCGCAUCCUGGUGUCGCACUCUCGGGACGGGCCGGAUGAGGGAGAAGAGCUCCGCCCCCCCACUGCUGCCGCUGCCGCAGCUCUCUUCAUGCCGGUGGAGAAGCUGCGCUCUCCUCGCCGCCAGCGCCGGGCGUCCCGCUCCUGCCACGCCCCCGAGCGCCCCUAUAGCCCCAGGAAUGCAGGCCACGCCUCCUCAUGCAGCCCAGUGAUGAAGCCCCUCCCCCAGGCUGUGUGUGGUGCGACCCGACCUGCCACUGCAUCACCUCAGAGUAACACACUCCUGUCUGCACCCGGUAGACCAGUGGAGCCGCCUCAGCGCAGCCGAAGGCGAGACUCUCCUGGGCAGCUGUUUCAGGUCAGCACUCCUUCAGCGUUCAGUAAGCUGAGUUUGCAGCGCAGCUUCAGUCCCAUGAUGCUCUCCCACAGCUCCUGGUCUUCACGGAGCGCGUCCCCCUGCCCGUCGAGCCGCUCUUCCCCCCGCAGCGCCCCGUCCCCCAGCGGCUGCGCAGACGAGCCUCAGCCCUUCUCUGAUGGCGCAGACCUGCAGGUCAGCAAUCUGGACUACCGGCUGCCCCGCACCGAGCUGCAGCAGAGCCUGCGGGACGCCUUCGCCAGACACGGCAGAGUGAAGAGCGUGGACCUCUCUCCACACACUGACUAUCAGCUGAAGGCGCGUGUGCACAUGAGCUCGCUCCAGCAGGCCAUCAGCGCCGUCAGUCUGCUGCACCGCUACAAGAUCGGCAGCAAGAGGAUCCAGGUGUCACUGGUCACCGGAGCCAGCAACAAAUCCCUCACCUGCCUCAGCUCUGAAAUCAUCAGCAUUCUGCAGGACGCUCCGGCCAACUGUCUGCCGCUCUACAAGUUCACUGAGACCUAUGAGAGGAAGUUUGGCCAUAAGCUGGCGGUGGGCGAUCUGUACCGGCUGCCGGAGCUGGUGUGUGUGCGCGAGCAGGGCGGCGGGCGGCUGGUGUGUUUGCUGUCCAACACUCAGAUCCGGCAGAGUCCGCUGGGUUCCUCACACACACACACACACGACAGCUCCAACACUGCCAGCCCGGUGCUGUUCGAGGAGCUGGAGUACCACGAGCCCGUCUGCAAACGCCACUCCGCUCAGCAGGACUUCAGUGAAGCUGACUUCGAUCCGGACUCUUACAUGAUUCCGUUUGUUCUGGAGUCUCUGAAAGUUCUGGCCGCUCAUGUGCACAGCUUACUGCAGUCUCACGAGGGCAUGCUGCCACUGCUCAGUUUCCCAGACUGCUAUGCUGCAGAGUUCAGUGCUCUGAGUGUGGCAGAGGAGGGUCAGCUGGAGGGCAGCGUCCCGCUCGAGCACCUCAUCACCUGCAUCCCCGGAGUGACUAUAGUGACGGCCCAGAACGGCUUCAAGGUCAUCAAGUGGAUUCACAACAAACCCCCACCUCCCAAUGCAGAUCUUUGGCUGCAGCGCAGUAAGAGUCCGGUCGGGAACCCGCAGCUGAUCCAGUUCAGCCGGGAGAUGGUGGACCUGAUGAGGAGCCAGCCGUCCUGCCUGAUGCCCGUCUCCAGGUUCAUCCCGGCGUAUCACCACCACUUCGCCAAGCAGUGCCGCGUGUCCGACUACGGCUACACCAAACUGCUGGAGCUGCUGGAGGCUGUUCCGCAUGUGCUGCAGAUCCUGGGUUUAGGUUCCAAGCGUUUGCUGACGCUGACGCACCGCGCUCAAGUCAAGCGCUUCACUCAGGACCUGCUGAAGCUGCUGAAGAUGCAGGCCAGUAAGCAGGUGUCGCUGCAGGGCUUCGGCUCGGCGUACCACUGGUGUUUCUCCAGGGACUGGCAGGUGGUGGAUUAUGGGAUGUGUGACCUGAUGGACCUGCUGUCUGAGAUCCCGGACUCCACCAUCUCCGUGUGUCAGCAGGACGCAGACGUGAUCAUCUCGGUGCCGAAGCGAGAGCGGUCUGCAGAGGAAGCGGAGCGCACGCGUCAGUUUGGCCGGGAGGUGGUGGACCUACUGCGGCACCAGCCACACUUCCGCAUGGCCUUCAGCCGCUUCAUCCCCACAUACCAUCACCACUUCGGCCGGCAGUGCAAACUCUCCUACUACGGCUUCAGCAAACUGAUGGAGCUGUUCGAGGCCAUCCCCGACAUCCUGCAGGUGCUGGAGUGUGGUGAGGAGCGGCUGCUGGUGCUGACGGAGGUGGAGCGGGUGAAGGCUCUGGCUGCCCAGCUGGUGAAGCUGCUGCGGGCACAGAGAGACUCCGGGCUGCCCGUCUGCCGGCUGCUGGGCGAGUACAGCAAGACCUUCGGCUACUGUCUGCGGCUGCAGGACUAUGAGGCCAGCACCCUGCCCGCGCUGCUGCACAGACUGUGCCAUGUGGUGAAGGUGGUGGACACUCCCGAAGGGAAGGAGGUGCAGCUGAUAAACAGGAAGUCUCUGCGCGCUCUGACCAGUCAGCUGCUGGCACUGAUGAUGUCACUUCCUGAGGAGCGUAGUGAUGUGUGUGUGGAGGAGCUGCGGUGCCAGUAUGAGCUGAGCUACGGCGCGCCGCUGAACCCCUGCGAGUACGGCUUCAUCUCUCUGGCGGAGCUGCUGAAGAGCCUGCCGUACCUGCUGCAGCUGUCAGAGGACGAGGGUGGUGGUAAUGAGCGUGUGCGGCUCACCCGUCUCUACCAGUUCGCGCGGCGGGUUCGAGCGCUGCUGCUCACCUUCCACUACAGCCAGCUCUUCCUGUCAGAGUUCAGCAGCGCCUUCAGCAAACACAGCGGCGAGACGCUGCACACACACAACUACGGCUACAACACACUGGAGGAGCUGCUGGCCGCCAUUCCACAGGUCGUCUGGAUUAAAGGACACGGACACAAGAAGAUCAUUGUGCUGAAGAACGACAUGAGAGCUCGUGGUAGUCCUGCACUUACAGACAGUCCAGCUGACGAGCCGCAUCCUGAAGAGGAGCCCAGAGCCACCACCAGCCCUGCCAGCGGUGAGCUGGAGCUGCUGUGUCUGUCCUCUUCUUCUGCGGUGGAUCUGCUGUGCGCUCCCGUGCCCUCCUGCCUGCCGUCUCCUGCGCUGCGGCCCGACCCGGUGCAGCCGCCCGACCUGAUGCACUUCCAGCCGCCGGUGAACCACCAGCCACGACCCGCUAACGGGAGCGACCCAGCUCAGCCCUCUGCGGGUGUGUGGGACAGUCCCGCGCGCAGGAGCGCCCGCAGCAGAGUCAGGCUAGCGGCUAACUUCAGCUUCACUGCCGCUCAGCCAGUGUAAAGCUGUGUGUUUGUGUGCGUGUGUUUGUGUUUGUGUUUGUGUGCGUGUGUUUGCGAGUAUGUGUGUGUGUAUGGUGACAGCACACGAGCGGUGUUGUUCAGUCUGCAGGAGAGCCGCGGUGUUUCUGUGCUAGUGUCCGGCGCUCUGCUGUCCUGCUCCAGUGUGUGUGUUGAGGAGCUCUGCUGAGCGUCUGGAGUCGCUUUAUUCUGUUCAUAUGUGAGGACACACACACACACACACACGCACACACACACGCAGCUCUUUUGACCAGUGCGCUGCGCCGCGGGGGUCACGUGACUGCGGCGUCCGCUUCAGCUGGAGUGUUGUGAGUCUGUGAUGUACAGCAGUGUUUAGUUUGUGUCUCGCUCUCGCCGCCGCCCAGCUGCAUCAUGGGUAAUGGAGCGGUGUUGUGUUGUGUUCGUAUGCACAGUGUGUGUGCAUAACCCUUGUUUGAGCCGCAGCGCUGGACUGCCGCUACGCUUCUUCUUUUAAGCAUUUUGGCAAGAUCAUGCUAAUCAGUGAUGCUAGUCAGUGAUGCUAGUCAGUGAUGCUAAUGGUCUGGAGGGUCCAGGUUGUGUUCCUGAACCUGUGUUUGUGUUGCUCUGAAGGCUGAGCCGGGCUUUUACAAUGGCUUGUAUGAGUCUCUGCGCUGCAGGACGCCGCUGGUCAGCAGUGUGUGUGUCACGCUCAGGUGCUUCUGUCUGUGUGUGUGUGUGUGUUUGUGUGUGUGUCCUGCUGAACACACUCUGCGUGUGGUGACGCGCCCGUAUGGCCGUCUUUUCUGUUUCUCUGAGUGUCUCUCUCAGGUCCUGGAGCCUCCUGCAGCUGAAGUGUUUAUGCAGCGCUGCAUA